AGAUCUCGAAACCCUCCUCUUCUUUCAAUCCAUUUCUCGAAUCAGGAAACCCUGGAUUCUCUUUUUCUCUUCCCCGACGCCUUUUCUCCCUUCCCGAUUUCUCUGUUCGUACGCUUCGAUAGAUUCUUGUCCCUUUGGAGUCCUUACGCUAAGGAUUUUGAAUUCGAGCCUGCGCGGUCGGAGCUUUGUUUAUGUAGUCUGGAAUGUGGUUAUAGAUUGGAAUCAUGAAAUGUUUUCUUUCAGUCUAGUUCUGUUCAACCUUUUUUGAACAAUUGGACCUCAGAUAGCAACCCUUUUUUUCUUCGUAUGAAUAACAUUUUUGAGAAUUGAGGGGUGCUAGAUUGAUCGAGGAAAACCUCAGCUGUAAGUCGGACUUCUUAAUAUGCAAGAUAUCAAGUGUUUGCUGUUCGAAUUUUAUUGGUUAGUGGGAUUAAGCUUGAAGAAUUCAAAAACUUCAUGAUUAUUGUUGUUGUUAUCAUCUUUUUAUAGCUUGGGCGAAAGUGUAAAGAUAUCGUUUUCCUGCUGUAAGGUGUAGAUUGUGGCUUUGCAGAAGGCUGAAGAUCCGUUGGAGCCCUGGUCUGCAAUUAUUUUGUUGAUAAAGAGAGAUGGGGAAGCCACUCUUGUAUGAGAUUUGGGAAAAACCUGCAAGUAGUUGUAUCAUAGGAAUAUGCACUGCAAUUUGGUUCUACAUUCAGAAGAAAAACAUCGGUUAUGCCAGUGUGGGCUUGAGCUAUGAAACAGCUGUUGAAGGGCAUUAUUGGAGAAUAAUUACAUCUGCGUUCUCCCAUAUCAGCAUGCUUCAUCUGGUUUUUAAUAUGAGCGCUCUUUGGAGCCUUGGCGUGGUUGAGCAGUUGGGCUACAUUGGUCUUGGUGUAGAGUUUUAUCUCCAUUAUACUCUAGUUCUGGUAAUGUUAUCAGGAUUGCUGGUCUUGGGGGUUUAUCAUAUUCUGAUUCAGAAGUUUAAGCUGGAGUAUUUCAGGAGAGUGACAGCUGUUGGUUACUCAUGUGUGGUGUUUGGAUGGAUGACGGUCCUUGCAGCGAAGCAGCCAUCUUCAAAGCUGAAUCUAUUUGGGUUUCUUUCUCUGCCAAUCAGCUUUGCACCAUUUGAAUCAUUAAUUUUCACGUCCAUAAUUGUUCCACAAGCAAGUUUUAUUGGCCAUUUGUCGGGAAUUAUCGUCGGUUAUUGCAUAGCUUGGGAUUUGAUUCAUGGAAUGAGUAAUUACUGGGCCAUUUCAAUGCUCGGAUGGAUUAUUCUUGUGUUUUUCUUGAGCCUUAAGCGUAGUGGAGCUUUUGACUUAAAUUUUAUUGAGAUUGAAUCGGUUACAGAUUCUUCGCUACCUACUGUGGGCUUUCUUGCUUCUGGAAAUGGUCGAACUCUGCAGAUGGAUAUUUUUACUGGUGGAGGUGCGGAACUUGUAUAGCUUACUGCUGCAAUCAUGUGGUUUUUCCAUAGAUGAUCGGUCCCUCAUUCAAGAUUGUCUGCUCAUGCAAAUGCUAGAAGUCAGCACUGCCCAAUUUAUAUUCUUGUGUGGUGCUGUAUACAUUGUACAAACUUGUUUUCUGUCAAAAUUCCAAGAGGUCCUCCCUGUUGUAAGCGCCAUGCUUGGCCAGAAUAUGGAAUCUAAAAACCAGACGUUGUGCAUCUUUCACCUGGUUCCUGUUCCAGGUGAAAAAUUCUUUUGGAGCUCAAGGACUAACAUGUGGAACUUUUCAUAAUAGUCUUUUACUCUUUUCAAUUUUGGUUUA